UAGCAGGUGCACAUCUUCAAUUUGUGUGAUAUCUACCUACGAAAUUUCAGGGAAAUGGGUUGAAAACUGUAUGAGCUCUUGAUAACACAAAAUAGGGGGUUGGGUACCCACUUCUCCCAAACCACCCACCUGCUAUUUUUAUGCUAUACCUGGCCAACAAGAAUACACCUUACACACACUAAAUUAGUGGUACACUCGAGGUAUGGGUAUUCUUUCAUAAACAUUAAUAGGCUAUUUGAAAUGUAUAGUAUGUAAAAAUAUACCUAUGUAUCACCAAUAUAAUUUUAUAUCAGUACAUUUUAUAUCUAUAACCAAUGGAAAAAAUUCUCCUAUAAUUAGUUAAAUUCAAUUUUUAACAAUAACAUUUUCAUAUUUUAAAAAAAACUGUGAACAUGUGAAAAUUUCUUGUUUUCUAGAAUUAUGGAUUUUCAGUCAUUUUAAAUAAACGGUAUACACGGAAUAAAUUCAAUAUCAACUUCUACGAUCUAAGGAAAACAGUUAUUAAUCUAGUAGAUCAACACAAAAAUGAAAAUCUUUCCUCUACUGCUCACUCACCAGGGUAAGGCGCUAUAUAAAUCUUACAUAAACUAUAUAAGUUCUGAUCAAUUUACGAAACAGGCACUCCUAGUAGAGACGUCCUUCAUAUCUAUAUUUGUUGAAUAUCUUAUCUAGAAUUUUAUUUUGUUUAUUUUAUCAUUUUUUAUAUUUAAAAUUUACGAACAAUUGUUUAUAUCUUUCAAAUGAUCAGAAACUUUUUAUUUAUGUGAAGGACAUGUUUCCUAUAUAUCUCAAAGUUAAUAUAUUAUCUAGUACAUCUAUAUGUGUAUCAGAUUAACUUUAAAUUCAAUUGAAAUGAAUAUUUCCUUUAUACAUGUCAAAAAAAAUAAGUGUCUCUUAGGCACAGUUAACUUGUCAAACGUUUUUUUAUGUAUGAGUGUCUAUUUCUUCAUGUGUUUACCAAAACAUUUAAUUAAUAUGAAUGAAAUGAGAUGUUGGAUAUAAACUUAAAUGAGACAGCAACCAAACAAAACAAAAAAUGAAAAUAAAGUGUUAACAUUAGUGAUUGUAGAAGUUGCAGCGGAAAGAUGCAUUUCUUCACUGAAUGAAUAUGACUCAGAAACACAACUGUGCUGUGAUUUUGGAGUAAUAUCCAAAUUCAAUGAACAUGGACAGAAGUUAGAUUGCUGUAGCGGAAAAAGCUUUAUCGUUGAUACUGAGAUUUGUUGUAAAAAUGUUGUGUUCAAAAGGCUUGCAGAAGAUGGUAAUGAAUUAAGAUGUUGUGGAGCUUUCUCUUACAAAAAGUCAGAAAAAGUCUGCUGCAACAACACCUUGCAUAACAAAACAAAUGGUAUCAAUAGUUGCUGUGGUUCAUCACCUAUUGACCCCAAAGGAACAAUUUGCUGUAGUGAUGGCAAUGGUAAUAAAAGGUCACACAGCAUAGGAACUCAUAUGAAAUGUUGUGGGGUUGAAUAUUACGACAAAACAACACAUUAUUGUAAAAACAAAAAGAAAGGCAUUGUCUUACCCAAGUUUAAAUCCUUAUGUAACAACACUGAGUAUGACAAAAGGAAACAGAAAUGUUGCACUGGAACCUUAUAUAAUGUCAGUGAUAGUGAUGAGCAUUAUAAAUGUUGUGGCACAAAGUUGUAUAAUACAGUUGAUGAAAAAUGUUGUGAUGGAAGUUUUACCAUACCACAUGAUGCUGAGUGCUGUGAAAAAGGCCAUUACCAUUCAAGUAGUCAGAAGUGUUGCAAUGGGCUCCCUGUCAACAUUACAUCAUCAACAGAGGACUGUUGUGGGAAUGGAUUGUAUGACAGUCAAUACCAAUCAUGUUGUGGGAGUGUAAUAUACAACACAUCCUCUCACCAGUGUUGUAAACCUGGAGGUGACAUUAUUGUUAAAUCUUCUGAAUACAAAUGCUGUGGAAAAACCAAUUAUGACAGCAAUGUAGAUGUUUGCUGCACCAAACACAAUUUCAAUGGUGAAACAUUUAAAAUAAUUACAAAAUCUGUUGAAUAUCAUGACACAUGCUGUGUUCCUGCUCACCUUGAGAAAAGUCAGUCCUAUUCAAGUAUUACACAUAGAUGCCAGCUGGGUGGUAUUAUUAAUAAAACUGAUAUGUGUGGUAAUGACCAAUAUAAUGAGACCUCAGACCUAUGCUGUGGAGGAGUUCUGGAUAAGAUGGGGUUAGAUGAAGGAAGAGAUUGCUGUGGAAUAAAAAGUUAUAACAAGACUACAAAGAUCUGUUGUGAUAACACAAUUUACUUAAAAACAAACAAACAGAGCUGUCAUCAAAAUACUGCGGAGUUUAUAGAUGAGUUCCCUCCUACACUGCCUAGGCAUAUAGACUAUGGAAUAUGUUCUUACUGUAACUUACACAGCAUCGAGAAUGUCAUACUAUUUCUGGAGUCAGCUACUAAUCUAUGUAAACGAUUUGUUCUGAAGAUUGCUAAUAUAAACACAUCAAUGGCUGGUAACACAACGACAGUGGAUGGUAUCAUACUUAAAGAUUUGAUCUCUAAGAAAACUUUUAAAAAACGAAAGGUUCAAUUCCAAGUACCUUGCACAUGUCAACUGAACACAAGACCAAUUAUCCUUCUAACAGACCUAAAUGAUUAUAGCAAAAUUUUGAGAUUAGGUGACAGUAACCUUAUUAUUCCAUGGAGUAAAAGAGCAAGCAAUUACCUGCAGAAAAAGGCAACACAGUGUGUAAAUGACAAAAAUAAACUUGCUCUGGACACAGUGGCUGGGAUCAAAAUAUCUAUUGAAAUUACAAAUCAUGAACUGAAAAGAAAAGGGGUGUUAUAACAACAUCUCAAAUUAGGUCAAUGAGUUUUAAAAUUCUUAUUUCCUAUGAAAGUAUAAGUUUCUUUACACUUGGUUUCAAAUUACUCCAAGUAUUAGUUUACAAAUUUGCUUUCUGCUUAUAAUGAAAAUAAUUGUUACCUCAUGACCAUAAUAAUGGCAAAAUACUUUGCCAGUUUCCCAUUUAAAAUAUAACAAUAUAAGUUUUAAGUGAAGAAAUUGAUUGGAAACUGACAUCCCAAACAACUUGUUAUUAAUAGUCACAUUAUUUUUGUUUUAAAUCAAGCAAAUUUCACAAAACACCCUCUACUUUUGGAGAACCGGUCAUAAGAACUAGGUCAGAGAGGUGGAUAUUGGUAAAGCUAGUAUAAUUAUACUCAGGUUGUAGGAUUUUGAAGAUAGUUGAUAGUCAGUAUGAAAAAACCUAUGUGAAAUCUCUAAGACAAACAACAAUCAGUUUUUAAUUAAAUAUCAUUUUGUUUGUAAUAAUUUAAAUUAAUUUAUCGGUGUCAUCCGAGUGCUCCUAGACAGGAGGGAACUACGAAAUAGGAAAAAAGAAUGACAAAUGUUGAUAGGGCUUAUUGUUUUGUAUUAUGUUAAUAUACUGCCAUCAUAAAUAUCAUUACGUUUAUGUCCAUCUCAUAUGUGUGUUAGUCUUAUUUGACUGUAAAAAUGGCCUAUUUAUUAACUCCCCAUUUUACUAUGCAUUGCUGUAAAUAUUCAUGUUUAUUUAUGUAAUAUUAAAUUUUUAUAAAAAAGCGUUUAACAUAUUUGUUUUUUGGGUUCAUUAUUUUGUACAUAAAUUGCUCAUUGUUGAAGGCUGUAUGGUUGUUAAUUGCUGUGUCAUUUAGUUUCUUGUGGAGAGUUGUCUCAUUGGCAAUCAUACCACAUCUUCUUUUUAUAAUUUAGAUCCUUGAUUGUUGUGGAUAAAUUUCUAUAAAAGGCAAUGUCCCAUUGUAAAUAAUUGUUACCAUAAUACCAGUAAGUAUAAAUCAUAAUUGUCAUCAUCACAUUGUUUUCCUUUCACAAAGGACUGUAGACAUCUAUAACAUG